UUUUUUUUUGACGGAAGACGUGUUUAUAAACUUUAUGAUCACACACUCACACCAACAAAAAAAUUACAUAUAAAAGACCCCCCUUAUGAACAAACGAGUUCCCAGAAUUCUCCCUGCUGUACAAACCAAUUCCAACUGUUUAGGCAGUUCAGUAUUACCUAUCGACAAGAAAAAAAUAGUAGUUCUCUGCACACAUAUACCAAUCUCUUAUAUAUCUCUCCUUUCUUUUUUCAACCCUUACAAUUGGCGGGCAAGGGCGCCCCUUAUCGAUCCUGGCUCAUACUAUAGA